AUGGAGGCUGCCCUGCUCCAGGGGCUGCUGCUCCUCCUCUUCUUCGCUGCCCUGCUGCUCUACCAGCACAAUGCCACCUUCAACUACUUCUGCAAGGUGGCCUUCUUUAACUGCUGGGUUGUGGCCAUGGCCACUCUCCUCUCCCCCUUGGCGGCUCUUCGGGGACGCUCCGUGGAGAACAUGAAGCUCCUGCGCGCUGCGAUCCAGCCCCUCAAGCACCUGUACGGCAUCAAGAUGCAGGUGCGGGGCUCUGAGCAUCUGAAUACCGAGGAGCCCUACGUGAUAGUUUGCAACCACCAAGCUUCCCUUGACCUCAUGGGCAUGGUGGAAGUGAUCCCCGACCGCUGCGUGCCCAUCGCCAAGAAGGAGCUCAUGUACAUGGGCACUGUGGGGUGGGCCUGCUGGCUCAGCGGCAUCAUCUUCAUUGACCGCCACAAGAGGGGAGAUGCCAUAGAUGUCAUCUCCCAGACGGCCAAGACCAUACGGCGUGAAAAUCUCCGGGUGCUGAUUUUCCCCGAAGGCACCAGAAACCAGGACAAAUCCAUGCUGCCCUUCAAGCGCGGGGCUUUUCACUUGGCUGUGCAGGCUCAGGUUCCCAUUUUCCCCAUUGUGAUCUCCCCGUACUGGGACUUCUUCAGCUCCAAGGAUAAGAAAUUCACCUCUGGGACAUGUACCAUCCAAGUCCUCCCCAAGAUAGAAACCCAGGGCCUGAGCCCGAAGGAUGUCCCUGAGCUAACAGAGACCAUCCGCAAAGCCAUGGUUGAUGUCUUCUCUGAGAUGGUUGCAAAUCAGCGGGGGGACCAGCGCGCUGAGCACCCUCUGCCCCCGUGCUCUGCUGGAGCCACCAAGGGGACUGGCAGCCCACGGCACAAGGGGGACACAGCUGGGACCAGUGAUUAG